UGCAUUUUCAAGUGUUUUUUGCAUUUCUCCUCUAGCGUCUCCAGCUUUUCAACUACUAUUUCGACCAUGGGAGCUGUUCCGCUCCCCUCAAUCGCCAUCCCAGGCCAACGGCUGGCAGAUUCUUCCUCCUACAUCUCUGGACCUGGCACUUACAUCCGCGACAACUCCAUCUACGCCUCCAUUCCCGGUCCCAUCGUCAUACAAGAGCCCGUCGCCACAGACCCAAAGAGUAAGAAAACCAGAGUCGUCACCGUGUCGCGCUCAUCCACACCCUCCACAUCCACCAUCAAAAGCCCUAGUCAACCACAAGGCCUCGCCCUCCUCGGCUCCUCGAACAGACGCAUCCCACUAAAAUUCAACACCCUCCCCACGGUCGGCAGCAUCGUCCUGGGCCGCGUAACGCGCGUCCAAAGACGCCAGGCGACGAUAUCAAUCCUACUCGUCCUCCCUGAAAACCAACAGCUCAACCCCAGCGCGGAUGAUUCAGAAGACCCCUCCGAUGCCGAUCUACCCAGCAUUCUUGCCAGUGCGAGCAUAUCUACUACUUCCGACUCGCUGAAUGCAGAUGAGCUACGUCCCCAGGCGCUGAUUCGCAAGGAGGAUGUGCGUGCAGUGGAGAAGGAUCGUGUGGUGAUGGAGGAAUCUUUUCGUGUGGGGGAUAUUGUGCGCGCGGUGAUUGUGAGUGUGGGUGAUCAGGUGGCUUAUUACGCUAGCACGGCGGGGAAUGAGUUGGGGGUGGUGAUGGCGAGGAGUAGCACUGUGGAGAGUGGUGUUGGAAUGGAGGGCUUUGGUGGGAAUAUGAUGUUCCCGGUUAGUUGGAAGGAGAUGAGGGAUCCGGUCACUGGGAGGGGAGAAAUGAGGAAGGAAUUUGGAGGGGUUGGUGCUAGGAUUGAUGAUGUUUGGGAUACCUCGAGAUGGCGUUUCCUCGCGGAAAGGGAGUAUCGAUCGGGGAUUCUGGCUACAAGGACUGCAUCCGCGAAAAGUGAAGUAUCUCACACCCCUGUGGAUGCUCGAAAUAUGCCCUUCAAAGGGAUAAUCACCAUCUUACCGUGGCACAGGGGGCUGGCUAAUGAAAGCAAGAAAGCGGACUGA